AUGUACUCGUCGACCUCACUCUUCGAGUCCAUCACAUCCCAAGAUCAAGUCCAUAUCAUUCUCUCGGAUCAUCCCUUUCAUCUCUCUUCACACGAACAAUAUUAUUUUCAAUUAUUAAAAUUCAAAAUCAACACUCGACCUAAACGACCCUUUUCUCUACACUUCAAAGAGUAUGGCUUGAUACAUAAUGAACAUUCUUUAUUAUUUCAACAUGGUCAUCAACCACGUCAUUCAUCAUCUUCCACGUGGAGUCACAAGAAUUCUUCACAUCCCAUUUCACUUCCCCCUAUUCGCAUUAUUUAUCAUAAAUAUUCAGACGCUCGACGGAAUGAAACGAAUAAUUCAAGUACUAUUGGAACAAAUACAUCAGGUUCGAAAGGUCAUUCUCAACACAAUCAUUCGAUUUUAAAAUCUUUUAAUUCGACCACCACCACUAGAAAAGAACAAACAUUCAAAUUGCAUCAACCCACCAACAUUGCAAUUUCUCAUCAACAUGAAUGUAUUAUCGUAUCUUGCUCUUGUAACGUGAUAUUCUUUGAUUUGUAUUCAAAAUUGUUAUUGCAAGAAUCUCCAUUGUGCCCUUUCAAUAUCAAAUGUUUAUGUGUUGAAAUGUUAUUCCAUUCUUUAUCAAAUGCCAGUCAUAACCAACAUUAUGGAGAUGCCUUAAUUGUGUCCUGUGAAGAUCAAUGUAUUUAUAAAUUUGAGCUCUCCAAACUCAAGCCUAACACGAAGAAUGGAGGAGUAUGGUCCAGUAACAGACGAGAGUAUGGGUCGUCUCUGAUUCACAUUUCAAAACCAAUUUGGAAAACUGGAAUUCCAUUUUAUUCCGAUGGGUUGACUCUAGCUCCGUUGCAAUCCUUCUCUGAUCCCGUUGGUCUCUCCUUGUGUUAUCCACAUUUGAAUGGUCAUCCACAAACAUUCACUCGUGACAAUCCCUUGUCCAAUGAAAUUUCUGGAAUUUCAUGCAGGACUUUACUCUAUGUUUGUGAUUUUGGAAAGGAUUGUCUCAAAGUGUUGGACACUUCCAAUGGUAAAGUCAUUCAAGUCAUUGAUGAAUUAGUUAUAGCUUCACAAUCCUGUCCAUUGCGAAGUGGUCCAAGUUCCAUCUCAUCGACGCACCAUACUCAGAGAUUGUUUCAAACUCCCAUUUUCAAUCCGAAAUGUGUCCAAUUAUUACAGAAUGGUCAUUUACUCUUGUUUCAACAUGACGGCGAUGAAGCACGAGUCGGUAUCUUUCGACAAGAUCAUUCCACGCUCCAUCUCGUUAAAUUAUUGAGUUCAGAAACGUGUGCGGAAGAAUUGUAUUUUCAUGGACAGAAUGCCUUACUAGUGGAUCAAGUUUCUGGAAAUUUAUUGGUAUGUGAGAUGUUUCCUCAUAGAAUUCGAGUCUAUGAUCCAAAGAAUUAUAGCCAAUUGAAAUGUUAUGAUUUUGAACGAACCAUUAAGGAUCCCAAAAAGAUGAUGUUGAGAAAUGAUUUACAUUCGAUAGAGGGAGGAUGGGGAAAUGCUUCUGGAAAGCCACCACGAGUACCAACUGGCAUGUGUUUGAAUGAAUGGACUGGAGAGUUGUUUGUGUUGGAUCGAAGAAGUGCUCAAGUUCAUAUUUUUGUCUAG